AUCAGUCAAGCGCUAAGGUUGAAGUAUUUAGCGUCCGCUAAGUCUCGCUCCACCGGAAGGCGGGGGGAGGGUAGUGUAAAUAGAUAAGCCUUACAUAUAUGUGAUCGAGAAGUCUGGAGUAUCAUUAUUCCGUAAAUUUCUGGAGUGAAAACAGCAAAGAUGUUUUCUAAAAUAACAAUCUUGUUUUUGAUAGUGAUGCACGUUCUUGCCGCGCCCCGUCAUAGGGAUGUUCCUUUAGAGAGACAGCAGCCUACGGUGAUACCGAUCGUGUCUCAGUCAGAAGAGUACGAUCCUAGUGGAGCUUAUAGAUUUAGUUACGAGACAGGCAACGGUAUCAAACGGGAGGAAGCAGCAUUUGACAAAGUAUUGCCGAAGAGCUCAGCGCGAGUUGCCAGUAAUAGUGACGAAAGUGGCGAGAGCAGUGAGAGUGACGAAAGUGAUGAAAUUCAUGUUCAAAAGGGAUCCUACUCCUACACAGCACCAGAUGGCACACUAAUUACUGUCAAGUAUAUAGCUGAUGAAAAUGGUUUUCGCCCGACAAUAAUUCAAAGCUCAAAGAAUUCCGGAGAGAUACAAUUUACAUCAAGUGUAAGUGAGAAGACUGGAAGAGUAUUAAAGCCUACCGAUAAUGAAGAAGUUGGCUCAGCACCUCCAGCAGCCAUAUCCCAACCACCAGCAUUAGGUCCCGUACCAGUCAUUGAUUCAAGAAUUGCAAGUCCUUCCGCUGAAGAAUCAGAACCAAUUGAAGCUGAGCCAUCCAAGCUUCAAACCUCAUCUGAGGAAUCUAUAGAGUCUGUGCCAUCUGUUCCCGCUUCACAAUCACCUGUUACCGAGAAAAUAUUAGAGCAAAGCGCUGUUUCUCCGGCUACUUCAGAAUCAAAAGAAACAGUACCAGAAUUGUCUUCAAGUUCUACUGAAACUUUACCAUCUUCAAGUUCCAUUCCAACUGCAGAAGAAACUGGCACUCAAACUUCAGAGCAAUCUGUUUCUGAGCCGACAUCAACAGUGACGUCUUCUGAGCCGACUUCAAUUCCUAAGCUGGAGUCUUCUACUAUAGCUGAGACCACGACCGCCUCUAUAAGUUCCUCCCAAACUCAGGAAAUUACAACAGCCCAACUUACUACUACCUCUUCGGCAGCUACGCCUGAGGCUGUAAAUUCUUCCACUGAUUUAUCAUCAACAAGUACUCCUUCAGAAAGUUCGUCUUCAGAACUACCUUCAACUGUAGCAGUAGUUACUGAAAAUACUUCAACAGUGACGUCAGUGCCAACUUCUGUUCCAAGUGAAACAACGAUUACAAAUACCCCAGUAACAACAGAUUCAGGAUCCAGUGAAACGCCUACUGCAAUCACCGAGGCUUUAACUGAUUUAAGUUCAACCACCUCAGAGCCCAUCUCCACCGAAGCCGUCUCGACAACUGUUGUACAAGAUAUACCGUCCUCAACACUAGCAGUCACUACCACGGAAAUUGUCUCAGAAAGCACGUCGGAAACGAGUACCUCUCAAGUUACAGUAAGUGAUUUAAUUAAUGAAUCAGCUUCAACUGUUACUGGUCAGGAAACUUCAGAAGCAACUUCAACGAUUGUUCCAACCAAAGAUACAACAGCGCUAACAUCGACUAGCUUACCUGAUGAUGCUGUGGUAACUAGUCAAGAGGUUACAUCAACAGAAACCAUUUCUACUACCACAACGUAAACUCAAUAUUUGCAAUUAAUUUUAAAACUGGAAAUAGUGGUAAAAUUUUGUAUAAACGGAAUAACGCUUUACCUCGGAAAAUGAAUAGUACGAAGAAAUCGUACUUAUAUCGUUUAUUUUGGGCCUAAAAAUAAUUUAAUUUGCAUUUUACAAAUUAUCUAGGAAGCAUUAAAAUUAAUAUAAAAAAAAUGUGAUACGUUGCUAGAUGUAAGAAUCGGUAUGUGUAAUUAUAAUAUUGAUAUUAUUUUAUAAAUAAACAUUAUUUUCUCUA